CAGCAGAGACCCACAGGGAAGAAAUCUCACUUCUGCUCUGACUGUGGGAAAGGUUGCAAAUCUUCAUCAGAACUUAAAAUACACCAGCGAGUACACACAGGAGAGAAAUCUCACUGCUGCUCUGACUAUGGUAAAAGAUUAAACUCUUCAGUAAAACUUAAAAUACAUCAAAGAUUACACAAAAGAGACAAACCAUAUGGCUGUGCUCAAUGUGGGAAGAGUUUUUCUUCAUCUAGCUAUCUCAUUGUACACAAGAGAACACACACAGGAGAGAUACCUUAUAACUGUGAUCAAUGUGGGAAGAGUUUUACUUCAUCUGGCCAGCUGACGUUACACCAGAGAACACACACAGGAGAGAAAUUGUAUAGCUGUGAUCAAUGUGGGAAGAGUUUUACUCGAUCUGACCAUCUGACUUUACACCAGAGAAUACACACAGGAGAGAAGUCUUAUAGCUGUGAACAAUGUGGGAAGAGUUUUACUAGAUCUGACCAUCUGACUUUACACCAGAGGAUACACACAGGAGAGAAAUCUUAUAGCUGUGAUCAAUGUGGGAAGAGUUUUACUAGAUCUGACCAUCUGACUUUACACCAGAGAAUACACACAGGAGAGAAACCGUUUAGCUGUGCUCAAUGUGGGAAGAGUUUUACGACAUCUAGCUAUCUGACUAUACACCAGCGGACACACACAGGAGAGAAACCUUAUAGCUGUAAUCAAUGUGGGAAGAGAUACUCUGGUAAAAGAUCUCUGAUUAAACAUCAGAAAAUACAUGAAGGAGUUGUUUCAUGAUAUCAAUGAAAUAAUGUCACAAUGUAGAAUGUUUUAACAUAAUGUCACAAUGUAGAACCCUAAAUGUUUCUCCCCUCCCUGUUCUAUUAAUUUCCACAUUAAAUGGAUAUUAGCCUCAGGGGAAAAAUCUAGGCUCUGAAUUGAAAGAGUACUAUGAUGUCACAAUGUAGAAUCCUUUAUUUAUGAGAUUUAACAAAAAGUGACAACAAAAAGAGUUGUUACACUGACCACGUUGGCCACCCCUACAUUUAAAUGCAUCACUCCAAAAUGUAGCUGACUGUCUUCUGCAGGUUGCCCUCUAACCAGUGAGGUGAAAUAUAUCUCCCAUUUCCAUUUGUUUUUUUAGUUGUGUUCGUCUCAACAGCACGUACAACCUGAUUUCCCCCCUAAUCGAUAUCAUUGAUUUAUUGCCACUUGUCAAAACAACAGCGUUUCUGGUGCUUGUGCAGUUUAUUUCAGGUGCUUGUUUAAGAAAAAUUCAAGUAAUAUGAUUAUUGUGGAAGAUGUUUGUGUAUAUAGCACAUUUUAUGUUUAGGCUUUCAAUAUAUCACAAACUGUUUCUGCAUAUUGGUUAUUGAUAAUGGAAUGUAUAUGUUUAAGGUAAUGACUAAAGGAUUCCACCCUGAAACGUAUAACUGUGUAAAGAAUUAGAAUUAAUAGACUGUAAUUCUCUAAUGUGUGUGCGUAGGACAAGUUAAGACUUUACUAUUUAGCAAUUCAAGUGAGACAUUCAAGGAAAAGAGGAACUGUUAACAGACAGCUUGUGACAGACAACUUGUGACCACUGUAAAACUGAUAACAGGAAGGAGGUCUCCCCACCCAGGGAGGGGAGAAACCGUUAGGCUUGCAGUAGAUUAUGUAACAUGUUUCAGGAUAUGAUAAGCAAUGUAUGUGUUGGAGAAGACUUGUAACCAGCAUUGACAGUGUUUGAGAAGAGUAGGGGUAUUUAUAUGACCAAAUGUGAGGUAUAAAAGGCUAUGUGCUUGUAUGGUUUUCGGAGCUCUCUGAAUAAAGAACUUACCCUUUGCAGAAA